CUCCUCUCAGUUUACUCUUACAAUUUAACAUUUUAUCUUCUUCCGCCAGGCAACAUAGUUCCUGAGCAAGCUGGUUGAGCUGAGGUCAGUGUUGCUGAGGAGGCAGAGCGUCUGCUUUCCUGUUCAGUGGCUGUUCAGCUGAUAGGUGGUGUGACUGGAUGAACUCCAUCCCGCACUCGCUGCAGAUGUACGGCCUGAUGUCUUUGUGUUUCAUCAUGUGGUUCUGCAGCUGGCUCGGGUACUGGAAAGUCUUCUGGCACUCGGCACACCUGCAGGAACAACAGGCUUCAUGUGCUCACCUGUACAGGGUGGGGCCACGAUGGGUGGUCAGGUGCCUCUUCAGCUGAGCCAGUGUGGGGAAGUCCAGACCACACUCCACACAAACGUUCUCCUGGCCUUUCUCAUGCUUCAGCUCAUGGGCCCGAAGCUCACUGGGAAAUGAGCGGAGCUGCGGUGUCUGUGUGCCUUCUUUUCCUCCUGUCUGUGUGUUCGGCGUGCUACAUCUCUAACUGCCCCAUCGGAGGGAAGAGAUCCAUCAUGGACGCCCCACUACGCAAGUGCAUGCCUUGCGGCCCCGGGGACAGGGGGCGCUGUUUUGGCCCCAGUAUCUGCUGUGGGGAGGGCCUCGGCUGCCUGCUGGGCUCCCCAGAAACAGCUCACUGUGUGGAAGAGAACUACCUGCUCACCCCCUGCCAGGCCGGAGGGAGACCCUGUGGAUCUGAGGGAGGACACUGCGCUGCCUCAGGGCUCUGCUGCGAUGCAGAGAGCUGUACCACAGACCAAUCCUGUCUCAUCGAGGAGGAAGGCGGCGAUCAAAUCAGCCCGUUCGAAGGCAGCGACUCGGGCGACAUCAUCCUGAGGCUCCUGCACCUGGCUGGCCACACUUCUCCUCAACGAAUCCACCAAUGAGCUGCCUUCAAGACCGGGGUUUCAUGGGAGACUCUCCAGGUAUAGGGAUGGAAUAGUUCUAGUUCAAAUAGUUGUAUCUCUUUGUUGAUCCUACCUAUCCCAUCUUCGCAAGGCUCUUUUGGCUCUAUGGCCUGGCAAACACAAUACAUGGGACCCUGAGUGCUUUUGUGUAGAGUGCCUUUGUCAAUAUAUUUUUAUGUACUGUAUGGAAAUAGGGGUGAGUACCGAUAGUGGUGUGUAUCAUCCAGUUAUGUGUGUUGGAAUAAAG